CAUAGCUGCUGCCAGGCCCCUAAUCUGCCAUGGGCCCCUAUACCGCCUCCUCAUGCUGCUGCCAGGUCCACAGUCUCUCAUGCCAUGUGCCACUUUCAGGUCUCCUCACACUGCUGGUGUGUUCCAUUUUUUGUCAUAGGGUGCUGGCAGAUUACGGGCCUCCCAUAGCUGCUGCCAGGCCCCUAAUCUGCCAUGGGCCCCUAUAUACCGCCUCCUCAUGCUGCUGCCAGGUCCAGAGUCUCUCAUGGGUCCCUGUACGGCCUCUCCCAUUGCUGCUGUCUCCAUCGCCACACUCUGCCAUGUGCCACUUUCAGGUCUCCUCACACACUGCUGGUGUGUUGAAUUUUUUG